UUGUAAACAUGUGUGAAGAUCACAUAAGCACUGAUUAAUCUCUGUCUUCGGUAAGCUUUCCCGAGUCGACUUUUUCAGUUUUUGGGUUUAGCAUACAUGAUGUGGACUAUAUAGUAGAGCGCCUUUCAAGAUGGUGGAGACUCAACUGGACAUCUUCACGCGGCUGCAUCAGCUUCCGUCCGGGCAGUACGCCUUGAAUCUCAGCGAGUGCAACCUGAGUGAAAUCCCUGCAGAGGUGCUGCGACUAGAGCAAGUCCACAUUCUCAACCUCAAAGGCAAUAACUUCAAAAGUAUUCCAGAGGAUAUAGGACUCCUAGAACACCUGGAAGUACUGGACUUAGCAAAUAAUGACUUGACAGAGGUUAGCGAGCAUCUCUUUGAUCUAAAACAGCUCCAUGCACUCGACCUCUCGGGAAACAAGAUUUCAGAACUGCCGGAAAAUUUCCGCAAACUUGAGGAACUCCGGCGACUUUUUCUUAGCAAUAAUCGUUUCACGGAGAUUCAGGAUGAGGUCUUACGAUUGGAGGAACUGGAGGUUCUACUCAUGCAUAAUAAUCAAGUAGAACAAAUCCCAAAGGAGAUAUGCCGGUUAAAACGUCUUCAGAUUCUUGGGCUUGACGAAAAUAAGCUCUCUUUUCUCGCGCCCGAGGUAUGUCACCUCAAAGGUUUAACGCGUUUGUUCUUGAGGGGAAACUACAUGACCAAUAUGCCACGUGAAUUAGAGAACUUAUUCGAACUUCGCCAGCUCCAGUUGGAUGACAAUGAGUUUGAAUUCAUCCCGAUCCAACUCUUCUGGUUGGAGAAUCUCGAGGACUUGGGUUUAUCAGAUAAUAACAUUAGUACGAUUCCCGAAGAAAUUUCCAAACUCACGAACCUACAAACUCUUGGUUUUAACAAUAACAAACUUGAGUAUCUCCCGGAUGAAAUAUGUGAAUUGAAACAGUUGCAGGUUCUUGGGCUCGAGGGCAAUAGAUUGUCAGAAAUCCCACCGCACAUUGCCGAGUUCUUCAGUCUGAAGGAGGUGUAUUUGGGUGACAACAAUAUCAGCACGAUACCGGAGGAGUUCUGUUUCUGCUCCGACCUACAUAUGAUUUACCUCGGCCGGAACAAGCUCACAUCACUUCCUGUCGAAGUCGUUAAUCUCAGAAAGAUUACGACACUGAUGCUCCAAGACAACUUUUUGAGCUCCUUGCCGAAUGCAAUCUGCUCCCUUAACGAACUUGAGAUCCUCAUGCUGAAGAACAACCAUCUCUUCGAACUCCCGGGCGAACUCGGCAGCCUGCCGAAACUCCGAGAACUCAACGUCAGCAAUAACCGCUUCGAGUAUUUCCCACAGAGCAUUACGAACCUACACAGCUUGGAGGUCCUGAAUAUCGAAGGGAACCAAAUCUCGACUCUACCUAAGGAAUUCUCGCAACUAGAUAGCCUCCGUGUUCUGCAUCUCAAUAAAAACCGCCUGGAACAUUUCCCAUUUGAGUUAUGCUCACUUACAGAUCUCCAAUUCCUCGAUUUGGCUGAAAAUGUCCUGGAGGACGUACAAGACGAGGUAAAUCGUAUGACGGGUCUUACAGAAUUAGACCUGUCCAACAACCAGUUCCAAGAGUUCCCAGUCCAGGUUUGUUUCAUCCCAAACCUUACCACAUUCUACUUUGACCAGUCCAGUGGUGCCAAGGUCAAACUUCUACCAGAGGAGAUUGGACUGUCCCCACUACAUCACCUCUAUAUUGAAAAUAACGAGAUAAGGGGGUUUCCAGUGACACUUUGCGAUAUCAAGAAUCUAGUGACAUUGUCGGCCCACCACAACCAAAUCAAGGCACUCCCGGAAUCCAUCUGCACGAUGGUGCAGCUCGAGACACUGCAACUACAAGAAAACAACAUGGAGGAUUUGCCCCGCAGGUUUGAGGAUCUCAAGAACUUGAAGGAUCUUCGUCUCCAGGGCAACCCGUUAAAGACACCUCCCAUGGAUGUGUGUGUCAGCGGUGUGUUGCAGCCGAUUGGAUGCUUUAUACGGAAGGCUUUGGAGCAUGAAGACCUCCUCUUGAAGAAGAUGUUCAAUGUUAUGGCAACCAUGUUGGACAAGCACGAACUCCGCCACCUCAUGAAAAAGUUCAAGUUCCCCGACGACAAUAUGCAGGAACUGGAAGCGAAAUAUCACGGCAAUUCAAGCCUGAAGGACAGGAUUUACAAUGCCAUGUUAUUUUGGCGGGAAUUCAGAGACAAGGACGCAACUGUUGAUGAGUUGAUUAGAAUCACUCAUAUAGUCGGGUUCGAGAGUGUGUCUGAGAAGUUGUAUGCGAUGAAGAUUUACUCACAGGCUGUGCGCCUGUGAUUUCAUUUUCAACCCGGCCGCCGUGACGUGGCACUGUUGUGAUGCGGCGCAUACUCGAAUGAAAAUCAGCACCGCCUAUAAGGACACCGAUAUUCUGUUGGUCAGUUCUGCUACUGCAUCUGUUAUAUUCUUUUAAUAGUUGAAUAUUUUGUUAGAUUUUAUUUUAUACAACUGUUGUAUGUAUUCGCUUCAAAAGAUAUCUAUAUUUUUGUAUUUGUCUUACAAACUGUGUAGAUGCUGUCUAUCGGGCUGAAGGCCAAAAUAACAUACAAUAGGCCUACCAUCCUGAGAUACAGGUUUUUGAUACUCCUACCUCGUUUGAAAUAUCAAGAGGCGGAGUGUAUUGAAAACAAGUGGUGCCAGGAUGUAGGCCUAUGUGAAACCGAUGCACCAAAACUGGCUAAAUAGUGCCAACGUAUACACAAUAUUAUUUAUAGUUUUGAUAGGUCUUACAAUCAGGGUAUUCUAGGCUUUUAGUAGUAAUGCUGGUUGUCAUUUAGAAACUGGCUCUUUCUGUUCUGUAGACUGUACCAUAGUCCAUAAGACACCUUCUCCUGCAGCUGUUUAUACUUAGUGAGCUAUUAAGGGGUACCUUGUUGGUUAUUGACAGAAUGUGUGAUUUUUUGUUCUUCAUGAUUUUAGAGGCCUGCACCAUCUGAGUUCAUUGCGUUGUAAUUUUUUGUGGCCUUUGGAUUUUUUUGAUUUGGUGUUUCACACCCCUGUGACCACAUGGUGUGAGAGAAAUCUGCGUGUGGAGGAAAGAAAUAUUUAUCAGAGAAUUGUCUGAUACAAGUCCAACCAGAGAGAAAUUGUCUUUUUUUUCAUUUACCAAAAAUCUAUUGGAAUAUAAAUCAUGUCUGAGGCAAAUGUGGGAAAGAGACUUUGCCCUAGAAAGUGAUCGGUUAGACCGAUAAGAGUGGAUUUUGAUGUUUUUCAAAGAAAUGUUUUAAUCCUCGAGUUAAUCCUGGCUUCUUAAGUGUGACCUUUGUCCAAUAAUCUGUGAUACUGUGAUUUAUGCACUCUAGAUUGAAAUACACAUGGUGCUGUAAUUGUGCUGCUUAA